UUUAAUUUUAGCCCAGAUCGUUUUCAGCUUGCUUCAUCUGCCUUUACUUAAUAGUUGUGACGCAAAAACAGGGUUAUUGAAAACAUCCAAUUAAUCUGCUGGUGUGUGUUCAGUUUACAUGCUGGUGGGAAACAUGAGUGAAGUAAUUUAGACAUUUCCGCAUGUCCAGUCUCAGUGUGUAUAUAAAUGUCUGUGUGUUUGGGGGCUUUGGAAGGAAAUAAUUAAAUGUGAAACAAGCCGCCGCUUCGUAGCUUGUGUUCUGCUUAGAGAGAGAAGAAUGCAGCAGUGAUGGAUAAUGCCAGUACACAGAGCGUGAUGCUGGCGUCAUUGCGCUGGCCCAACACUGGUGCUUUAUUUAUUUUCCCACUCCACUGCAGACACAACCAUUCUGAGUCUGCAUCCUUCCCUCAACCAGACUUACUCAUGUAGCCUAAACCUGCCUGUAAUCAGAGCAACUACAUCUGCAAUAUGAUUGUGUGUACACACUGCUUUCGCACACAAUUGUGUACAUGAUUAGGCCUUUGGAAACGUUCAUUCAAGUGGAUUUCACACUUAAUGCAAAAUAUCAUUAUACUGUGCUAAUGGCAGCUUGCACUGCAAAUUCUACCACUGAAGAAAACAUCAGCAAGUGUGUGGCUCUACUGCUGAGUCGCAACGCUGACCCAAAUGUCUACAGCAGGAGUCGCAUGACGUGUCUCAUGCUGGCUGCCAGGGACGGUUACUCUCAGGUGAUCAAUCUGCUGGUGUCCCAUGGAGCAGAGCUAAACUUUCAGGAUGAUAGCGGCCACACGGCACUCAUGUUAGCUGUGCAGUACGGGCAUGAAGCUGCCGUUCUAAAACUACUACACCUCGGAGCUGACAAGUCCAUUAAAAGCAAUGCAGGGUGCACAGCAGCUGACCUGGCCAGAUCAUUCAAACACCUGCUGAUCUGCAAGAUUCUCGACUCUCCAAGUGACUCCAUGGUUAAUGGUGCGCUGCCCUCCAAAACAGAAACAGUCAAUAAAUAUCUCAACCAGAAUCCUGAACCUGUAUCUGGCUCAAAGGAGAGUUGUGGUAAACUAGGUGAUAUUGAGCUGCUACUGCAUGGGCUGAAUCUGGAGUACCUCUCGGACAUCGUGAUGAAGAAUGACAUCACAUGGAGCCACUUGUUGAUUAUGGAAAAGGAAGAAUUAGAAAAGAUUGGAGUAACAGACCCUGAAGACCAAAGGAAGAUUCUAAAUGCAGCUCAAGAGAUUCACCUUGACAGAAUAGAUCUGGACUCCUUGAUCAAGCUUGACAACAUAGACACUGGGAGUGAGGAGCUGUAUAAUUUUCUGAUCAGCCUGAGGCAGCAGUGUUGUUACCUAACUGAGACAGUGCAGGAUGUCAUCAGCAGGUUCCCCCGCAGUACCUCACAGCUUGUUCUCACUUGGGAUCCAAAUAAGGAGGCUCAGGCCAUAUGCACGGAGCUAGUGGCUCAGACCGGAGACCUGCAGAAAGAAGUGCUCUGUCUCAGGGACCUCCUCGGCAAGUUGGAUCCUGUUGAUUACACCUUCCAUCCUCCUCUGCCCAGUCCUCACAGCAGCAUGAGGAGACGAGUUAUAAAGAAUCUUGCUGUGGUUGUGCUUGGAGCAGGAUUACUGCUACUGCUGUCACAAGCAAGACACUUCAAAUCCUACCUCUGAGAAUAAUUCUGUUUUCAGUUUUACUGUUGGCAUCAGUAUUUUCCCUUUUCUUUAUAUCUUUUGUUAUUAUCUUAUUUUAUUAACUGCCUGUAAACAAAGAUUUUCCUCAGAGUUUAAAGUUGUUAAUGGUCUAUUAUGAUGGCUUGCUUUAUGUUAAAUUGCAGCUGAUCAUUAGGAGCACAAGCAUUUUGUUCUCUGUAACCAUUUUGCACCAUAUCAUUAAAAUAUGUUCUACUUAAUGUUGCAUAGAUUGACAAAUAUGUCUUUGCUUUCAUAAAAGUUAUACGUAAGAAUGUGUGAGUGUAAUGGUCAUUCAUGUUUGUGUGUUUUUGUUUUCUGGGAGGUAACAGAGAAUGCACAUACAAGCUGCUGUCUAUGGUGCUGAAAUGCCUUUAACGGUUAACUAAAAACAUGUUCGAAUUAACUCCUUUACCUUCUGUCUAAUGUUUUAUUUUAUUUUA